UUGUCAUUCGUAUUUUGGGUCUUUUGUCUAUGGGUAUUCUGUCGUGAGGUCAUUUGUCUUGAGGUCUUUUGUCACUCGCCUAAAAUUUUCAGGUUCUGUAUUAUUUUUUCUUGUUUUCCAAUUUUAGUCUGUAAGAUUUAACUAACCAAUGCUGCGCGAUUAACAAAAAUCGAAUUUCAGAACCUUUAACUUUUUCUCUAUCGAAAAAUUUUUUUUAAAUCUUCAUUUUCUUUAGAUAAACUUUAUAGUGAAAAAUAUUUUAUUCCAAUGUCUCAUCGAAAGUUUUCUGCUCCUAGACAUGGGUCUAUGGGAUUCACUCCCAAGAAACGGUCAAAACGACAUGUUGGAAAGUGUAAGGCUUUUCCUAAGGAUGAUCCUUCAAAGCCUAUCCACUUAACUGCUUUUAUUGGCUACAAAGCUGGAAUGACGCAUAUUGUUCGUGAUGUUGAUAAGAUUGGAUCAAAAGUGCAUAAGAAGGAAGUUGUUGAAGCCGUAACAAUUAUAGAAACUCCGCCUAUGGUUAUUGUCGGCGUUGUUGGUUAUAUUGAAACUCCACGUGGCCCUCGACCUCUAAAGGCUAAGGCAUUUACUAAAUAUGCGAAGAAAUGGCAGGAUGAAGAUGGUCAAAAGUCUAUUGAAGCGGAUCUGAACAAAAUUAAGAAGUAUUGUGCCUAUGUUCGAGUUAUCGCACAUACUCAGAUGAAGCUAAUGAAACAUCGCAACAAAAAAGCCAACAUCAUGGAGAUUCAAAUAAAUGGUGGAACUGUUUCCGAAAAAGUUGAUUGGGCUCGUGAACAUUUUGAAAAGCAAAUUCCGGUGGAUCAAGUUUUCGAACAAGACGAAAUGAUUGGAUGUAUAGGCGUCACAAAGGGAAAAGGUUUCAAGGGUGUGACUAGUCGUUGGCAUACGAAAAAGCUCCCUCGUAAGACGCACAAAGGACUUCGAAAGUUCACAGUUGCUCGAGCUGGACAAAAGGGAUAUCAUCAUCGAACAGAAAUUAACAAAAAGAUCUACCGUAUUGGAAAAUCUUGUUUGACGCCUGAAGGAAAAAAGAACGGCUCUACGGAUUUUGAUACAACCGAAAAGACGAUUAAUCCAAUGGGAGGAUUUCCUCAUUAUGGACUCGUUAAUCAAGACUUCGUUAUGAUCCGAGGCUGUUGUGUUGGUCCGAAGAAACGUCCGAUCACGUUGCGAAAGAGCCUUAUAACCCAAACGAAGCGUUUCGCUUUUGAGAAAAUUGAUCUUAAAUGGAUUGAUACAAGCUCUAAAUUUGGACAUGGUCGAUUCCAGACGAGUGCCGAAAAGAAAGCUUUUAUGGGCAAACUUAAGAAAGACUUUUUAGCCGAAACAACCGUCAGUUAA